CAUAUCAUUCGGCUCAAAUAUUCUGACUGAAGAUUUGACAACAGAUUUAAUAUAUUUGAAAAAUCCACCCUUGCUUUGUUAGCGACCUGGACAGCACAGCCUGUUAAGUAGGCUACACGUCUGUCGCUUACGGUCGAAUAUGGUUCUAAUGCCAGUCUGGCUAUCAUCGUAAACUCAGUCCAGCUUGAGGGUGAGUGUUGGCUAGGCCUACUGUAGGCUAAGCCUCCAUUGUAUCACGCUUCAUUCCGUGCACUAAUAACUUAACUUAAUAUUUUAACUAAUGUAAGAUCUUUCCUUGCAUCUCUACUCCCUAUCAACGUGGAAACUGCCUACUGUUAAAGGGCAAAAUGUAAACUUUCAGACUCGUGUUUCACCUCGAGAAUAUUUUUCUGACGGACAGAAGAGACGUCAUUUCCUGGUUUCUUCCCUGAGCCCUGGUUCAGGAGAUGUGUACGAUGCGUGCGUAAUAUAGAUUUAUUUGUCCAUGAUAUAAUUAUGGAGAAGAAGAUUGCUGUACGCUCGCAAGAUCCGGGCCAGAGGCGGGUGCUGGACUGUGCCACGCGACAACGACGUUUAAACCGCCAACUUGAGGCUUUGGAAAAGGAUAAUUUUCAGGAUGACCCACACGCUAGUCUCCCGCAGCUAGUCAAGCGGCUACCUCAAUUCGACGAGAACGAUGAAUCAGCGGGCAAACGGAGAAGAAAGACAAGGGGUGAUCACUUCAAACAGCGGUUUCGUAAGAACUUCCAGGCUCUCCUGGAGGAGGAGGACUUAAGCGAGAACGAUGGGCCAAACUAUCUGACUGCCUGCGCCGAGCCGUCGAAGAUGCCACAGCGUCAUUUUUGCGCCGUCUGCGGGUUCCCCUCUAACUACACUUGCGUGUCGUGCGGGGCUCGAUAUUGUUGUGUGCGAUGCCUUGGCACACACCAUGAGACUCGAUGUCUCAAAUGGACAGUUUGAGCUCUGUUUUUGUCUUACUGUUUUCUGGACACUCUUGUGUGGCCAUAGCGAAAAUGACCUGGAAGUGUGUUGCCUUCUUGGAACAAACCCCAGGCGAGAGUCAGAUAAUUUGAUACAGUAAUGUUCAGUCUUUUUGCAUUAAAGUGCAUUCAUGCAUUGCUGCCUACAUUAUUUGCUUGUGACACGCAGCUACCUGCAUCAGCCGAGUGUUAUCUAGUAGGCCUAGGCUAACAGAUGGUUGGAAAUUAUCAGAUGUGUAACGCAUUGAACUUUGCCCAUAAAAUGAAAGGCCCUCUCAGAGUGGAAAGAUAGGGUAGCUUAAGCUAUUAAGUAAUUAUUUGCAAGUGAUGACUGAUAUUGUUUUUCUUAACUAGACGUUGUUCUUCUUUAUAACUUUUUUUGCUCUCAUUAAACUGGUGUUGGUGCAUUUAGCCUACAUAUUUCAUCAGGAAAUUGAAAUGUUGUGA